AUGUACCGAGACUUCGGGGAACCGGGACCGAGCUCCGGGGCCGGCAGCGCGUACGGUCGCCCCGCGCAGCCCCCGCAAGCGCAGGCACAGACCGCUCAGCAGCAGUUCCACCUUGUGCCAAGCAUCAAUGCUGUGAGUGGCAGCCAGGAAUUGCAGUGGAUGGUGCAGCCUCAUUUCCUGGGACCUGGUGGCUAUCCCCGACCUCUGGCCUAUCCCCAGUACAGUCCCCCUCAGCCCCGACCAGGAGUCAUACGAGCCCUAGGGCCACCUCCAGGGGUGCGUCGCCGGCCCUGUGAGCAGAUCAGCCCAGAGGAGGAAGAGCGUCGCAGGGUGAGGCGCGAAAGAAACAAGUUAGCUGCGGCUAAGUGCAGAAACCGGAGAAAGGAACUGACAGACUUCCUGCAGGCGGAGACCGACAAAUUGGAGGAUGAGAAAUCCGGCCUGCAGCGAGAGAUUGAAGAGCUGCAGAAGCAGAAGGAGCGCCUUGAGCUGGUGCUGGAAGCCCACCGCCCCAUCUGCAAAAUCCCAGAAGGAGAUAAGGACACGGGUGGUACCGGCAGCACCAGCGGCGCCGGCAGCCCACCAGCCCCCUGCCGCCCGGUACCUUGUAUCUCCCUUUCUCCAGGGCCUGUACUUGAACCGGAAGCACUGCAUACCCCCACGCUCAUGACCACACCCUCUCUGACCCCCUUCACGCCCAGCCUGGUUUUCACCUAUCCGAGCACACCAGAACCUUGCUCCUCAGCUCAUCGGAAAAGCAGCAGCAGCAGCGGUGACCCUUCCUCCGACCCCCUGGGUUCUCCCACACUCCUGGCUUUGUGA